CAAGGUUCAAAGUCUCCCCUAUCCAGACCAUAUACAAGGAAGACAGUCGUUCCUUCUUGUGUACAACACACGAAAGGUGUCGUGAUCGAGAUGAGCGAUAAAUUUUCACUCGUCGAAACCAGUCAGGAUCCCAUAAUUUCACCUUCACCUCAUCUACCAGCCGAGAUCCUGUCUCUGAUCCUGUCCAAGAUUUUACCGUCGUCGGUCAAAUUAUGGACUACCCACUUGUUGAGGGGUUUCACCCAUGUCCUGCUCAGCUGCUGUCUUGUAUCAAAAGCUUGGUGCGGGCCUGCAAGGGAAAUGCUGUAUAAAUCUAUUCGACUGUCUCAGCUCAAAUCCCUUCCCCUACUUCUGCGCACCGUGCGCAGCGAGAGCUUCGGUGGCCAUUGCCCUGCUCUUGCCCUCCAUUUUAGGCCUUCGUUUCCGGAACUCGCUGUCUUUAAGGAGAUUAGGCAAUUCGCGACACUCGCUGGAGAGAUUGUCGUCUGCUGCCCGAAACUUCUUUACCUGACAGGAGAUUGUGGUCUCCUGGACUUCACCAGCACCAUGUCCCAUCCUGGGUACCCAUAUUUGACGUACCUCCAAGUAUCUGGGCAGGACCUCGAACUCCUUGCCCCUCUCCUACCUCAUCUAUGCAAUCUCAAGUCUUUCGAGAUGAUUCAGAGCUGCGGUGAUAGCGAUAUGCUGAACGAUUGCUUUGAGCCGCCUAGCUUCAAGCUUUCGAAAUUAUCGAUAUCUCGGACAGAAUCUCCUGGCCUGUGCAAAUGGCUAUUCGCAUCCUCUUCCGAAAGUGUUGAGUCCUUGACGGUGCAGGAAGUAGGCUCGAACCUGCAACACUUGAUCGGGGUCAUGGUAGCUUCUGUGAGGGAGCUUCACAUCAAGAGUAUUUAUUACGACGAAUCGGAGACCAAUUCAGAAGCUACCGAAUUCAUAUCUGGGUUGGCAGGACUGCGAAGGCUUCGCAUUGACCCAUGGUAUUUCAAAACAGAACAUUUGCUCAAUUUACAAUCAUCAUUGGAGAAAUUCGCAUUCUCACCCUAUGGCGAGCGUGUACGUGAUGUCCAGACCCUGUUGCAGUCGGGUUGGCAGCCCUCCCUACAGUCACUGGACUUGCAUUUGAAGCCGUUCUCCAGCAUGGAGGACUGGGCCAGGCUCAUAGAUGACUCGCGGGGGUGGCAAGAUGAGCUGACGCAGACUUGUGCUGCUCGCGGUAUCCAGUUGAACAAGAUUUGAUGUCUGGUAUUCCCCUUCCUCCUUGUCUUUCUUAGUACGAUUCGGAUACGUCGUUUCUUUACUGAAUGUUACACCGAAGUCGCGUGCAUGAACAGAUUACUAUACGA